CAGUUCUGCUCUUUCUCGUCCGUACUUCUAUAUAAAUACACCAAUGUCGUGGCCAGAUGCUCAGAGUUACUGCAGAGAGAGAUUCACUGAUCUGGCUACUGUAGACAGCAUGGAUGAUGUGAACAAGCUGGUAAAUAUAAUAGAUGAUGGAUACAGUGGAUCAGUGUGGAUUGGACUCAAGAAGCGGACACAGAAACGCUGGGUUUGGUCUAGUGGAGAAAAUACAACUUCUCAGUACUAUAACUGGGCUUCAGGACAGCCAAAUUGGAAUGGAGAUUGUGUAGCCACUUAUUUAGGCGCUUGGUAUGAUAUAUCAUGCGACUUCAUGCGAUAUUUUGUGUGCUAUGGUGAGUACCCUGUUCUUUUACAUUUGGGAAUUAGCAUUUUAAUUGGGGGAAAACCUGAACACAGAGUGUAUUUGCAUUUCUCAAUAGAAAAUUCCGGAUACAUCUUGGUGCAGAGUGCUAAAAUUUGGAGUGAUGCUCAGAGCUACUGCAGACAGCAUUACACAGACCUGGCCACCAUCCACAACUCUGAUGAGCUGGACCAGAUAAAUCAAAUUCUUCUAUCUGGGUAUGUCAUCUGGAUUGGUCUGUUUCUGGACUCUUGGGGAUGGUCUGAUCAGUGGGAUCUGAGUUUCAGACACUGGGCAGCAGGUCAAACAUCCCAGACUUCAGGUGACUGUGUUGGCAUGACAAGAACCAACUCUGGCAGAUGGUCUCAGUACAGCUGUGAUCUAGAACAGCCUUUAAUCUGCUACGGAGAUGACAAGUUGAUUAAAAAACAGAUUAUCAGACUGAAAUUGUCCUGUAAUGGAAAAUGCACACUGAGUGAUCUUUCUCUACAGACACCCAUUCUGAAUGAGAUAAGUGAGAAGCUGAAGAGCAUGGGGCUGGAAGGUGACAGCAAAAUAAUAUGGAGAAAUGAAGAAGGUGACAAAGUGUUUCUUUAGGAGAGAGACCGUACAGCCAUUAUCGAAACAAUAGUUGUAUAGUGUAUUCUUAGAGAUUAACUAUUUAAUCCGCUGUCAUUCAAAUUGAAAUAGGC